AGAGGGCAGGGAAGGCCCAACCAUACACUGAAGCCCUGGAUGGAGGCUGGGGAUGGAUGAUUGUAUUUCAUUUCUUCCUGAGGCUCUUAAGGUGGUUGUGAGACAUGGUGAUCUGAAAUGUCAGCAUGGCCAUUCUAGAAUAUUGGAGAGUCCCAUCCCAACUGUGCCCCAAGCAAGGCUCGAACAGUGGCACCAGCUCCAUAUUCCACAUCAGUGUUCCCAAAUCGGUUCACUCUGAGAUGGACUCACGAAGUGUUCAGUGUUCCACUUUUCUGGAUGCGAUGCUGGUGACAGAAGCACAAGGAAUAUACUGAGUCCUCAAGCGUUAACAAUGGGCUCUGGCUAAGUGACUGCAGUGGUACAUGGAUACUUACAGGACUAUGGCUUUCUGUCUGCAUGAGUUACAAGUAUAUUUUUCUACAAUAGAAAGGAGGUAAACGUGUUUCUGAUGGGGAUGACCAAGACAUUCGCCAUUUUCUUUGUGGUCUUCCAAGAAGAAUUUGAAAGCUCCUCAGAACAAACUGGCUGGAUUGGAUCCAUCAUGUCAUCACUUCGUUUUUUUGCAGGUCCCCUGGUUGUCAUUAUUAGUGAAAUAACUGGAGAGAAGACUGCCUCCAUUCUUGGGGUUUUCCUUGUUUCUGGUGGAUAUCUAAUCAGCAGCUUGGCUACUAACAUCCCCUUUCUUUGUGUGACUAUGGGACUUUUACCUGGUUUGGGUUCUGCCCUCCUGUACCAAACAGCUGCCGUGGUAACUAUCAAAUACUUCAAGAAACGAUUAGCUCUUUCCACAGCUAUUGCCCGUUCUGGGAUGGGCCUGACGUUUCUGAUAGCACCUUUUACAAAAAUCCUGAUAGAUCUGUAUGACUGGACAGGUGCCCUUAUACUACUUGGAGGGAUGACAUUAAAUUUGGUGCCUUCAAGUAUGCUCUUAAGAUCCAUCCAUAUCAAAAGCGAGAACAAUUCUGAUAUUAAAAAUAAACGCAGCAACUUGUCUGCAAGUAAUCCAGAGGCAGUCGGCACGACAGAAAUGUCAUCCUGCGAUGAGACACGAGAGGCCACCAUCACGGAGAAUGCAACGCAAAAGGCCAGACAACAUGGGACAAAUUUAAUAGUCUCACAGUACGAAGAGUUCAACAAUGAGCCUAAUGGGGACAGUUAUGAGAAAGAGGCUACUUCAUGCAGCUAUAAACAAAAACUCUGUGACAUCUCCCUUUUAAAAAAUCCUUUCUUCUACAUAUUUACCUGGUCUUUUCUCUUCAGUCAGCUGGCAUACUUCAUCCCUACUUUCCACCUGGUGGCCAGAGCCAGAACACUAGGGAUUGACAUCAUGGAUGCCUCCUUCCUUGUUUCUGUAGCUGGUAUCACUGAGACAGUCAGUCAGAUAAUCUCUGGAUGGGUUGCUGAUCAAAACUGGAUCAAGAGGUAUCAUUACCACAAGUCUUACCUCAUCCUCUGCGGCAUCACUAACCUGCUUGCUCCUCUGGCCACCACAUUUCCAUUACUGAUGACCUAUACCGUCUUCUUUGCCAUUUUCACUGGUGGUUACCUGGCAGUGCUACUUCCUGUACUGGUUGAUCUGUCUGGGAAUUCUAGAGUACACAGGUUCUUGGGACUUGCCGGUUUCUUUGCUGGGAUGGCUGUCCUUUCUGGACCACCUAUAGCAGGCUGGUUAUAUGAUCACACCCAGACAUACACCGGUUCCUUCUACUUCUCUGGCACAUGCUUUCUCCUCUCUUCAGUCUCCCUGUUCUUUGUACCACUGGCUGAGAGAUGGAAAAACAGCCUGACCAGAAAGGAAAAGGACUGCAAUCAAGCAAGUGCUUAACAGAACACAAUCUAAACUAAGAAGUCACUGGAAACAAAAGCUUGGAAGAAGCCAGUUUCCUCAUUUGUAAAAUGAGAAGGCAAACAAGACCAUUUUUAAGGUUCUUUUUUGCUUUCACAUUCUGAGGAAUGUCUAAUUAAUAGUGAGAAAAGAAUAAUAGCCACUUAAACUAAGCCUUUGUUAGUAUUUAAU